UGAUAUAAGCAGCUGGAGUCAGGGGCGGACUGACCAUUUGAAAACUCGGGCACUGCCCAAAGGCCUGGGGUCAGUAGGGGGGCCCAUGAGAUGCCCCUGGUACCUUUUUCAUAGGCUUUUUUGAGUUUGGGCAAGGACACAGGGGCCCCAUGAUCCCCUAUUGCCCAGGGGCCCCAUGAGUUUUCAGUCCGCCCCUGGCUGGAAAAUUAAAAAAACAUGUAUAAAAAAAUCUAUAAUAAUAACAUUCUAUGAAUGGGGACAUCUGUUCUGUGACACCCAUGACCAUAUUAUAGUGAUAUUUCCACUUACUGCUGUGUCUCUGGGACAGGAAGUGGAGGAAAAUCUCCUGAGU